CUAGUUGGUCAUUAGUACAGUUCCGUAUCCUCUGUAAAGGGAGGUUUUCGAGAAAGAAGAAAAUGGUUAACUCUGUUAUACGGUCCUCUUUACUACGUGGUACCACGGUUAGACAUUAUGCAGUUGCAGCAACUGCACCUGUUAGUGGUACUGUAGUACCAGAAAUUAAAGUUUUGAACAAUAAAGUUACUGUUGCUGCUUACGAUAGUCAAUCUCCAAUUGCACAAGUGUCCAUUGUUUUCAGAGCUGGAUCAAGGAAUGAAACGUAUGACACACAAGGUUUAACACAUUAUUUGAGAACAGCUACUGGAUUAAGUACAUCUUCUGCGUCUGCUUUUGUCAUAACAAGAAACAUUCAACAGCUUGGUGGAAAUUUAAUAACCACUAUUGAUCGUGAAAGUAUAGCAUACACAUUGCAGAUCACUAAAAACAAUUUGGUAGAUACUCUUAAGUAUUUAGAAUAUGUUGCUACCCAGCAACUCUUUAAACCCUGGGAAAUAAGUGAUCAGGCACCAAAAAUAAAAUAUGAAAUAUCUUCUUUGCCUGAUACAGUUUCAGUACUUGAACUUUUACAUAAAGCAACCUAUCGUAAUAGUGGACUUGGAAAUUCUCUUUUUUGUCCAGAACAUCAAAUAGGUAAAAUUGGUUCAGAAAAUCUACAACAUUUUGUCAAUACUUGGUGUACUGCACCUAAAUGUGCUGUUGUUGGUACUGGUGUUUCACUAGCAGAUCUUACUGCUCUAGGAUCAAAUCUAAAUCUUAAGUCAACAGACAAGGCAAAUGAAGCGUCAAAAUAUUGUGGUGGAGAAAUUCGUAAAGAAACUGCUGCAGAUUUAGUUAAUAUAGCAAUAGCUGUAGAAGGUACAAAUUUGAAAAAUGAGAAAGAUGCUUUGGCAUGUGCAAUACUUCAAAGAGCAACUGGUUCUGGACCCAGAGUUAAAUGGGGAUCUAGUGGAAGUUCACUGUAUAAACAACUUUUAAGCGUUGCAAGCUCAGAACCAUUUGGUUCUACAACUUUUAAUGCUAGCUACUCUGAUUCAGGAUUAUUUGGGGUUGUUCUGUGUUCAACAGCCGAUAUAGCAGGAUCUUUAGCACAAGCAACUUCUAAAUGGUUAAAGUCCUUACAAGUAUCUGAUAAAGAUAUUACACGUGGUAAAAAUAUAAUGAAAACUGACAUUUUGGAUGCAGCAGAUAAUUCACUUUGUCUAUUGGAAAGUAUGCAGCAACAAGUUCUGUUUAAAGGUCAAAUUUCUACACCAAUAUCAUUAGCUAAUGAUAUUGAUAAAGUUUCGUCAUCUGAUGUUAAAACUAUUGCUAGUAAACUUAGCAAAGGAAACAUGUCCAUAGCUGCCAUUGGUAACUUGAAAAAUGUACCAUAUCUUUCUGAAUUAUAGUAGAUGCAGUACUUUUUCAUCCACAUUGACAAGUAAUAAACUUCAUACCAACUCUCUUCAAAAUUGUGAAGAUUGAGUUAAAGGUAUAAGAAAGUUACCAACCUGAAUGGGCAUAAAAUAUAAAAUU